ACCCGGAGAGCCCGAGAUCGGUUGCGGAUAUUUGAAUUUUAGGAUUACGUGGAUUCGCGUUGGUUUCGUCUGUUUUUUCUGACUCGUUCCACCGGAUUCGAAGGAAUCUUCCUCAUUGCGGAUAAUAAAAAGGACGACGAGUCCGGGCACUGGUCCCCGGGCAACCUGUGCCAUAAAAUUCACGCAAUAUCCAGACCGGCAUUGGACCAGGAAGAAAGCGUUGUCGCGCGGAAUCAUUCAAGAGCCUCGCGUACCUUGCCUGAAUAUCGGAAUGCACUCGCUGGUAAUGAGAAACCCUCUAAAGAGCAAUCUCGAUGCUGGUUCCAACUCGGCAUUCCAACAUUCGAGAUUCACAAGUUCAAUGACUUUCGGUCCUCGUCCUUCGAAGUUCUUCACGAAAUUUCGGGGAGGCGAGGAAACCGGAAGUUCCUCCGGCGAAGCAGACGUUAGAAUUUCGAAGUAAUUUUUCAGCUGAGUAGUAUUCUUCGCGUCUAAUACUGAUAACGUUGAUUAUUUGCCAUGGUCUGAUAAAAAUUUCAGUUUCAGGAAAGAUAAAUAGAUCGCGAAUUUUAUAUAUACAUAAAGAAUGUAUGUAACGUGUAAAAGUGUGCAUUAAAAGUAUUAUACCCAUUUUUAUUUUUUAAGUAUCAAUCUAGAUUUCAAAUAACAUCACAAAUGCUUUAUUUUGAAUAAAAAUCCUCAGUCUACUGGUGAUUGAUCAAGUCUUAAUACUGUGACUUGAAAUCUCAUACAAAAAUGUCUUAACUCGAGAACGAAAAACAUAAUGAAGACAAUUUCUCUUAUACUAUUGCAUCAUUGUUUUGAAAAGAACGAGAAGUUACUAUCUAAAGGUAAUUGAACCAGCUGCAUCAGUGUACCUUACAAGUGCACGAGGACAAACGGAAAGUUGAAUGCACAGGGAAAUGCCUGUUGACAAUACCGUUAUAGAAUAUUGUCCGAAAGGCUAACCAAGUACGUCCGUCCCGGACAAGACCUUGACAUCCUACGCGGCCGUCCACUACGCGUCAUCCACCUCCCUACAAGAAUCUUUUUCUUGCGUCCGCAGAUACGAUUCAGCGAAUGAUCACCGGGGAAGGCGCACGAUCUUGACCGGUCAUUCUAAAUCUCCUCCAAUAAGAAUCCAACCGACGGAUACGUCCUUGCGGCUCGUCUUCGACCCCGCUGACAGCUGCAAGGUGGAGGGGAAUUUUCAGCGGGAACGAGAGCGGCACACCGCGCCGCGCAGAAAAGAAACAAACGUGGACUUCCUGAGCAAGGAGUCCACCGCAGGGUCCUGCGCCCGUGUAAUUGGGGUCCUCCGCGAAGCUACUCCCUACGAACCAGAAUGGUGGUGGGGGAUGCCCUAUGUAAGCCCUCGAACCGACGAGGUCCAGGCCAUCCAGCAUCAGGACAUCGUACGCAAGGACUCGGACAUAAACGAGGUUCGCUGAAGGAUCACCUCGACGAUCAUCGCGAGCUCAUCCAGGACGUCGGGUUCACACGUUCUCCAGGGUGUUCUCAUAGAUACCGUCACUAGACGUCAGCAUGAAAUUGAUAAUAAUAAUAGUAUCGACCCUUGCGCUGGGACUCUGCGAUGCAGCGAAGAGAACCACCACUACACCGUCCGCCGUCGGAGGAAGACAGUUUGGACACCCUCAACGGCAAGAUUUAGAAAACGUGUGGGAUCUCGUGGAGUUACAAAAAUUGGACACUCACGCAAACGAUUGGAACAAGAAUCCGUCAUCUUCGAACGACACAGAAUUAGAGGAUACAGAGUUUAUUAAUACUAGACAAAGUUAUCCUCUCCUUCCUACUCCUGGUGAUUCAAACGAACUGCCAGGACCCAUUAAACCGAUACCAGUCCCUACGCCACCGCCAGGAUGUUACAAUCCACGGGGACAAUUUCCAAGCCCGAAGAGCUGCUCCAGUUAUUUAAAUUGUUGGGACGACACGGUCACCGAGCAAACCUGCCCCGAUGGAUUACUCUUCAACGAUGUUCUCCUCGUCUGCGAUUACGAUUAUAACGUGAAUUGCAAUAACCGACCUAUGCCGACGCCGAAGCCGUCACUACCCACCGGAUCGAAGUUAUGCCCAGAACCGAAUGGACACUACAGAAGUGCGACGAACUGUUCGGAAUUCUACGUGUGCGUAUACAGAAAACCCAUCAAGUUUGGAUGCCCACGCGGCUUGGUCUACAAUGACAUAAUAGGCGUCUGCGACUACCCGUACAACGUCGACUGUAAAGGCGCAGCAAGUCCCCCGCCUCAAACCACCUCCCCACAGACACCUUCAUCGCAGCCGCCUUCGGAACCGCAACCACCAUCAUCCUGGCCUUCACAACCAUCGCAACCAUCACAACCAUCACAACCAUCGCAACCAUCCUGGCCUUCUCAACCUUCCCAACCAUCACAACCGUCGCAACCGUCCUGGCCUUCUCAACCAUCACAACCAUCACAACCAUCACAACCAUCACAACCAUCGCAACCUUCCCAACCUUCUCGGCCUUCCUGGCCUCCCCAACCAUCUCAACCAUCACAGCCAUCGCAACCAUCACAACCUUCUCGACCUUCCUGGCCUCCGCAACCAUCUCAACCGUCACAACCAUCGCAACCAUCGCAACCUUCUCGUCCUUCCUGGCCUCCGCAACCGACCCAACCAUCACAACCAUCGUGGCCUUCGCAACCAUCACAACCGUCCAAACCAUCCCAACCCUCACAACCAUCAUGGCCUCCGCAACCAUCACAGCCAUCGCAACCAUCGCAGCCAUCUCAACCAUCUUGGCCUUCGCAACCAUCACAACCUUCUUAUGGGCCAUCGCAACCUUCUCAGCCCUCCUGGCCUCCACAGCCAUCCCAACCAUCUUAUGGACCGUCACAACCAUCUUAUGGACCAACACAGCCAUCCCCUUAUCCCGGAAAUCCAUGGUUGAUUAGAAACGAACCUGAUCCGUGGCAUCAACGGAAAGUUACUGAACUGGAAAUCGAUAAAGAACAGGAUGCACAGGAAGAAGCAGUCACUGAUCAACCGGAACAUAUAGAGAAUCCUUGGGCCCUGGUACAAAGCAUCCCCCCUAGUCUAGCCGCGACUCCCUGUAGAAAUGGGCAUGUGCAUAGGUUGAACGAUGCUUGUACGAAUGUGGUAGUUUGUAGGAACAAACGACCACAGUUGGUGCAAUGUUUGUCGGGACUCACGUACGACAGACCGUCGGACUCUUGUAAACCUAUUUCUGUUGCCAAAUGCUAACCGCAAACUCAUUACGCUUCGUAUUAAAUACGCUGACUUCUUAAACGUAAAUAAAGCAUCCAUUUUUUUUAAA